AGGUCCUGCUGAUCGGAGAUGCUCCUGGAAGUCUGCUGCAAUUUAUUUUUUCCUGUGCGUGAAUCGCCCUCUAACUACACCUCUACCGGGGAUUUUAAAGUGGACAAGACGUUUGAUCAGGAUAUAACGUUAUUUUAAGCAUUUCUUAUUUUUUGGGGGAGUAAGAGGAGUUGGGGAUUGCUCUGGACGUGCCUCUUAUCCGCAGUGUCGCUGCGGCUGUGAAGUGAUAUCUGCAUUGAUUACAGGUACAUGAUGUCCUCCAUCUCAAGAGAGGCUUGAUCUUGAUUGGCCGACAGUACUGGACUGUGCCUCCUUCCCUCUCCUCACCACUCCCAGCCUGAGAACAGCCAUGACGUCCCUAACGAGGACACGCACCUGCUUUUUUGUAUACUGCUUUCUGUCCAGUCUGGGGCUUUCUGUGACAUCACAAACCGUGGUACAAGUCCCACAAGCUCACAGUGCCGGCUCCCAGGUGAUCACAGCAUCCCUUCAGGAAGGGGAGUAUGCAUCAUUUCAUGCUGAGAACCCUGCUUGGACAUUCAACCAUCUUGCAGUGGACUAUCGCAAUGGCAAUGUCUAUUUGGGAGCUGUCAAUCGCAUAUACAAACUGUCCCCCAGCUUAGAGGUCCAGGUGUCCCAUGAGACCGGUCCAGAUGAAGACAACCGCAAGUGCUACCCACCUCGUAUAGUCCAGCCCUGCAGUGAGCCGUUAUCGCUCACCAACAAUGUCAACAAGAUGCUCCUGAUGGACUAUCGGGAGAACCGGUUGCUAGCGUGUGGCAGCCUCUACCAGGGCAUCUGCAAACUCCUCCGCCUGGAUGAUCUUUUCAAACUGGGGGAGCCCUUUCACAAAAAGGAGCACUACCUCUCUGGUGUCAACGAGAGUGGCUCUGUGUUUGGCGUCAUAGUGUCAUAUGGCAAUGCCUCUCCGGACAUGCUGUUUAUAGCCACAGCAGUGGAUGGCAAACCAGAGUACUUCCCUACCAUCUCUAGCCGCAAGUUGGCCAGAAACUCUGAGGAAGAUGGCAUGUUUGCUUAUGUAUUCCACGAUGAGUUUGUGGCCUCUAUGAUUAAAAUUCCUUCAGACACCUUCACGGUCAUCCCGGACUUUGACAUAUACUACAUUUAUGGCUUUGCCAGUGGGAACUUUGUCUACUUUCUGACUUUGCAGCCGGAAAUGGGAGGUGGGCCAACUACUGGAUCCUCCUCUACUGGUCGGGAACAGGUGUACACCUCCAAGAUAGUCCGCCUCUGCAAGGCUGACACCGCCUUUAACUCCUACGUGGAGGUACCUAUUGGAUGCAUUAGUGGCAACGUUGAGUACCGGUUACUUGAGGCGGCCUACCUGUCCAAAGCUGGUGCUAUCUUGGCACGCUCACUAGAUGUGGCACCGGAUGAUGAUGUUUUGUUCGCCGUUUUCUCAAAAGGACAAAAGAGACGUCCACGUCAGGCAUCGCAGGACUCUGCACUGUGUGUCUUCUCUCUGCGAAAGAUCAAUGAGAAAAUCAAGGAGAGGCUGCAGUCAUGCUACAAGGGUGAAGGCACACUGGACCUGGCCUGGCUCAAAGUCAAAGAUAUCCCCUGCAGCAGUGCGCUGUUGACCAUUGAUGAUGACUUUUGUGGCCUGGACAUGAAUGCGCCGUUGGGCGUGUCUGAGAUGGUGCGUGGCAAGCCUCUCUUCUCCGACGCUGUGGACAAAAUGACCUCCGUCAUUGCAUACGUCUACAAGAACCACUCGCUUGUCUUCGUGGGCACAAAAAGCGGACGCGUCAAGAAGAUCCGGGUGGACGGCUCCUCUCGUGCUCUGCAGUACGAGACUGUGCAGGCAGUGGACAAUGGACCCAUCCUCCGAGACAUGGCCUUCUCCUCUGACCACCACCAUCUCUAUGUCAUGUCUGAGACCCAGCUGUCAAGGGUGCCAGUGGAGGCCUGUGGUCAAUACUCAACAUGCAGUGAAUGUCUUGGAUCUGGAGACCCUCACUGUGGCUGGUGUGUCCUUCAUAACAUGUGCACCAGAAAGGAGAAAUGUGAGCGCUCAUCAGAGCCCCGUCGCUUUGCAUCAGACAUCAAGCAGUGUGUGCGUCUCAGCGUCCACCCAAACAACAUCUCAGUGUCCCAGUUUAGUGUGACGUUGGUGUUGGAGGCCCAUAAUGUCCCAGAACUUUCUGCGGGUGUUAACUGCACCUUUGAGGAUCUAGCUGAGAUGAAUGGCUUGGUGGAGGGGAACCGGAUCAAGUGCUUCUCCCCUGCUGAGAAAGAGAUGCCACGCAUUAUUGUUGACAAAGGGGACCACCAGAUCGUGCAGCUCUAUCUCAAAUCCAAGGAGACAGGCCUGGCAUUUGCGAAUACCAGUUUUGUUUUCUACAACUGUAGCGUGCACAAGUCGUGUCUGUCCUGUGUGAGCAGUCCUUACCAGUGCCACUGGUGUAAAUACAGACAUGACUGCACCCACGACCCCCGCACAUGUUCCUUCCAGGAGGGCAGAGUCAAGAAGGCUGAGGGAUGUCCUCAGUUGCUGCCUGCAGACAGGAUCCUGGUGCCGGUGGACGUGGUGAAGCCCAUCACUCUCCGGGCAAAAAACCUCCCCCAGCCCCAGUCGGGUCAGAGAGGGUAUGAGUGUCUGCUGACCAUCCAGGGAAACGAGCACCGAGUUCCUGCCCUUCGCUUCAACAGCUCCUCAGUGCAGUGUCAAAACACAUCGUAUUUCUAUGAUGGGAUGGAGAUGAGCAGUCUUCCCGUAGAACUGACCGUCAUCUGGAACGGAGAUUUCAGCAUCGACAAUCCCGCCAACAACAAAGUCCACCUGUACAAGUGCGACGCCCAGCGUGGAAGCUGCGGUCUGUGUCUGAAGGCAGACCCUCUGUUUGGAUGUGUGUGGUGUAAAGGAGACAACCGCUGCACCCUCAAACAACACUGCCCCCACCCCGAGAACCAGUGGCUGGAGCACAACGGCAUCAACAGCAAGUGCACCCACCCGAGGAUCACACAGAUCAAACCUCUGCGGGGGCCCAGGGAGGGCGGCACGCUUGUGACUAUUCGUGGCGAGAACCUGGGCCUGGAGUUCAGAGAGAUUCAGGAUAACGUGAAGGUGGCCCAGGUGGAUUGCACCCCCAUACGUGAGGGCUACAUCCCUGCUGAGCAGAUUGUGUGUGAGAUGGGUAAAGCAGAGAAGAGCCAGUACACCGGGAACGCAGAGGUCUGUGUCGGAGUUGGAGAGUGCAGACCAGAAUUCAUGGCAAAGUCCUCCAAAAACUACUAUUUUGUGAUCCCAAGGAUUAUCAACCUCAAGCCCAGCCGAGGUCCGGUCUCUGGAGGAACCAUCGUCAACAUCACCGGCAGCCACCUUGACGCCGGGAGCAACGUGUCAAUCAUGUUUAAGGACCAGCCCUGCACUUAUCUGAGGAGGGGUGGUCAGUGGCUCACCUGUCGCACCCAUGCAUCCCUGAAUGGAUAUGGAAAUGUGUCUGUGUCUGUGAGCAUAGACAGGGCUCAUCUCCAGAAAGACCUGCGCUUUGAGUAUGUUGAAGACCCCACUAUCACCAGGAUAGAGCCCGAAUGGAGCAUCUACAGUGGACAUACCCCAGUGACUGUGACAGGAACUAACCUGGACAUUAUCCAGACCCCUCUCAUCAGAGCCAAAUAUAACAGCCAUGAGACACUCAAUUUGUGCCAGGUGCUUGGCCCUACAACCAUGCUGUGCCAGGCCCCGGAGCUGUCCAUCAGUCUGGCCAGGCAGCAAGAAGUGCCUGAGAGACCUGAUGAGUUUGGCUUCAAAUUGGACGAUGUAAUGGCUCUGAUGGCACUCAACAACAGCAACUUUAUCUACUACCCCAAUCCUGAGUUUGAACCGUUGAGUGUGUCGGGCGUGCUAGAGCUCAAACCUGGAUCCCCCAUUAUACUGAAGGGGCGGAAUUUUCUUCCACCAACCAACAGUGGAAAUGGAAAGCUGAACUACACAGUUCUCAUUGGAGAGAAGCCCUGCAUGUUAACCGUCUCAGAGACCCAGCUGCUCUGUGAGUCACCGAACCUGACGGGUCGACACAAGGUCCUGGCACGUGUGGGUGGAAUCGAGUUCUCCCCAGGUGUGGUCCACAUCACGUCCGACAGCCCACUCAGCAGCACAGCUAUCAUUGGCAUUGCUGCAGCCGGAGCCCUGCUCAUCCUCUUCAUCGUGGUGGUGCUCAUUGCCUACAAGCGCAAGUCUCGCGAGAGUGACCUGACCUUGAAGAGGCUGCAGAUGCAGAUGGACAACCUCGAGUCCCGUGUGGCUCUGGAGUGCAAAGAGGCUUUUGCCGAGCUCCAGACAGACAUCCAUGAACUGACCAGUGAUCUGGAUGGAGCAGGAAUCCCCUUCUUGGACUACAGAACAUACACCAUGAGGGUUCUAUUCCCAGGCAUCGAGGAACAUCCUGUACUCAGAGAUCUGGAGGUGCCAGGCUACCGGCAGGAGCAAGUGGAGAAGGGGCUGAAGCUCUUUGGCCAGCUCAUUAACAACAAGGUCUUCCUGCUGUGUUUUAUUCGCACUCUCGAGGCCCAGCGGGGUUUCUCCAUGAGGGACCGUGGCAACGUGGCCUCACUUAUCAUGACAGUGUUGCAGAGCAAGUUGGAGUACGCCACUGAUGUCCUCAAACACCUGCUGUCUGACCUUAUAGACCGCAACCUUGAGAGCAAGAACCACCCCAAGCUGCUGCUGCGAAGGACUGAAUCUGUUGCAGAGAAAAUGCUGACCAACUGGUUCACGUUCCUCCUCUACAAGUUUCUGAAGGAGUGUGCUGGCGAACCUCUUUUCUCCCUCUUCUGUGCAAUCAAGCAGCAGAUGGAGAAAGGCCCCAUUGACUCCAUCACAGGAGAAGCUCGCUACUCGCUCAGCGAAGACAAGCUCAUCAGACAACAGAUUGACUACAAGACGCUGGUGUUGAACUGCAUCCAUCCAGAGAAUGAGAAAAGCCCAGAGAUCCAGGUGAAGGCGCUGAACUGUGAUACCAUCAGCCAAGUGAAGGAGAAGAUCCUGGAUGCCAUCUACAAGAACGUCCCACACUCCCACCGCCUAAAAGCCUCCGACAUGGACCUGGAAUGGCGUCAGGGUCGCGGGCAGCGUAUGAUCCUGCAGGAUGAAGACGUCACCACUAAGAUCGAAGGAGACUGGAAGAGGCUGAAUAUGCUGUUCCAUUACCAGGUACCUGAUAAUGCAGUGAUGGGCUUGGUUCCAAAGCAAGUUACAGCCUACAAUUCAGUCAACAACUCCACUGUGUCUCGAACUUCUGCAAGUAAAUAUGAGAACAUGAUCAAGUACACUGGAAGCCCCGACAGCCUGCGCUCCCGUACUCCUAUGAUCACUCCUGACCUGGAAAGCGGGGUCAAAGUUUGGCACCUGGUGAAGAACCAUGAGCACGGAGACCAGAAGGAGGGCGACCGCGGCAGCAAGAUGGUCUCUGAAAUCUACCUGACACGACUACUGGCAACCAAGGGCACAUUACAGAAGUUUGUAGACGACCUGUUUGAGACCAUCUUCAGCACGGCCCAUCGAGGCAGCGCCCUCCCACUGGCCAUCAAAUACAUGUUUGACUUCCUGGACGAGCAGGCCGACAAACACAGCAUCCAUGACCCGCAUGUCCGACACACAUGGAAGAGCAACUGCCUACCUCUGCGUUUCUGGGUGAACGUCAUCAAGAACCCCCAGUUUGUGUUCGACAUACAUAAGAGCAGCAUCACAGACGCCUGUCUGUCUGUGGUGGCCCAGACCUUCAUGGACUCCUGUUCCACCUCAGAACACCGCCUUGGAAAGGAUUCACCCUCCAACAAGCUGCUUUAUGCCAAGGACAUUCCCAGCUACAAGAGCUGGGUAGAGAGGUACUACUCCGACAUUGGUAAGAUGCAAGCGAUCAGCGACCAAGACAUGAAUGCCUACUUGGCAGAACAGUCACGGAUGCACAUGAACGAGUUCAACUCCAUGAGCUCUCUCAGUGAGAUCUACUCCUAUGUGGAAAAGUACACUGAGGAGAUUGUGUGUUCACUGGAGGAGGACGAUGCAGCCCGGAAACAGAGGCUGGCCUUCAAGCUGGAGCAGGUGGUUGCCUUCAUGAGUCUGGAGAGCUGAGGACCGCACUUCCCAGGGCGCACUGGGAAAAGACCCCAUCAGAAACCGAGCCGUGCCUGAGCGAAGACCUGUCCCCAUCUUUUUCAUCAUGUGACUUCCUCCCUCCGCCUUUCAAAGAUGAUGACUUCUUCCUUGACCUUUUUUCUGCUUCCUCUUCCCCGAGAGAUAUUUUGUUUUCCUCAUCCACUCUGCUGCAUAGACUAGUUUACCUGAAGAUAUCUGAAGGGUGGUCUGGGGCUGAGUUUGGCGUUUCCCACAGUGCAAUGCGGGGAUCCCUCAGUUUCACCACAGGGAGGCUUCAAGGGGUGAUUGCUUGAAAGCUGGCCACAUUGGCAUACUUAGUCCCCCUGCAGGAAGAAGAGAGGGGAAAAACAUUUUUAUGUUGCCUUCAAGAAUUUACACCGAUAGGUAAUUCUUUAAAAACCACAAUGAUGGUUAUCCAUUUUGUUGAGAACUUUUUUCAAAAUAGGAUAGUUAAGAUAAACCAUCUCUGUGGUCCAGUUAUGUAGUUCUAUAUUAAGUGUACGGAAUAAAGAGGAAACAUCACAAAUGAUGACUGCAAGCCAAAUGAACGUCUGAAGAAAAUGAAUGCAAGGAUGGUUUGCCGAGUUUACACUGUACCUACAAGCAAAGCAUACAUAUCUGCGGAAUUUGGGGCGAGUCCAGGCAAACCUAGAAUGUUCUUUCGUUCUUUAAUGUAGCUGGAGUUGUAUUUAAGAAAAAGACUGAUGGGGAAAGGGAAGGUUUAGUGCUUCUCUGAACUUUUCCGUUAAUGAAAUGUGACUUUACAAACCGGAGCAUCCCAGAUCUAUAUCACUUUGCAACAUUCGUACAUUUCUCCCUGCCCAGCAUACAUUACUUCAAAGAAAAUGCUCAUGAUUUCUGCUUCCAUCUGGCUUAUGUGGCUACUGCAAAAUUUUACUAUUAGACAAAACCCUAGAGGCCCCGACCCAAGUUGGAUCCUCUGUAAAAAGCACACUACCAACCCUGGACGGCAGUGUUCUGAAGGCUAAUCCAAACACCAGGAGCAGUCUUUGUCUGGCUUCUGCCACUUUCAAUCUUGUGUCGCCACUGCAACGGUCUAUCAAAGCACACACACACGCACAGAAACACACACAAUCAGCAGCUGCACAAGAUCCUGACUGCCCAGAUAUGUACGCCAACCUGGCGGAGGUAAAGGGAAAGCUGACUGAAAUGUUCUGGGUAAGACACUGCUUCAACAUUAAAAAUAAGAAGAAUGAUUCAAUGCAGCGCUGCUCCCUGAAGGUGCUCCGCUAUGAGAGUAGCACUCCUUUCCCAGGAUGUUCUUAUUUAAAGACUUUUGUGUGGAGAAAUUAGACAAGAUGGACUAAGACGGCCAGCCAAAUACCAAAGGAGCUUCAAAUUUUCAAAAUGGUCAAAAAUGUAUUUGUAAAGUGCCACUGAGGAACGGACAAAAAAUGACUAUAUAGUCAACAGCUUUUAGGACAAACAUAUUGUGACUGGAACUCUGAGAAACCUGUGUGAUUUUUCUGACCUCAGUGUGUCGAGGGAAGAGACUCUGUGGGCGAGGCGAACCGACCCUCCUUACACUUACCAUCGUCCAGGGUCUCCAGCUCUCGGCACACCGUUUCCCCCUGUGUCCGGCUCCUGACCUACCAGUUUCUUUUCUGUUUUGCACAAGCGUUGGAGAUGGUAGCUAGUUGCAUACGGCAAAACCCCAACUCUUGAGUGUGUAACUGUUGAGGCGUUCUUGUCUGUAUUAGUGUAGUUAUCCUCAGUGGCGGGCGGCCUUCUCAAAUCUAAAAAAAAAAUCUGAUCAAGCAGAGCGACAACGCAACAAGUGUGAGCAUCACGGCAGGACAGACAGAAACGAUACAUUGAAAGUAGAUCCGACUUGUUGGAAAGCGUGAUAGAAAGCAAAAUGAUGGAGGCGCCCUCCGUACCUUUGACCUCUGCCCUUUCUUUUGCCUUGACAACGUGCCCCAUGUGGUGAUGUGAAUGUGUGAAGACCGCCCUAGGUCCACCUUGGGUCCUUUAUUGGCUUUUUAAGCGCAUGUAAAACGUAAACAAUUUAAGAAACUUAUUUAAAAAAAAGUGAAAAAUAAGAAAACUAAGCCUUGCAAUGAUGAUGUGGAUGUGUUCUUUUAUCUUUCUUUUGCUUGGAAGAACUGAGAUGGAAAAAGUGGAUUGUUCAUGUAAUAAAAACUAUAACUUUCGUUUAAGGUGGAACCUUUAUCCAAACUGCAGAACCUCAUGCCCAUAGUUUUGUGACGUGUUAGAUGCUAAAUAAAACAGAUAGUAUAUACCCUUGCAUGUUGACCUAUUUGGAUGGUAUGAAAUGGAACUGCCUUGCUCAAAGAUAUUUAUAUACUUCUACAGUACUGCUACUUUGGACUUCAUUUACAAGCAAACUGUUCUUUUUAGAAUAUGGAUCUCACACAUCAUAAGCCCAGAUUAAAAUGUCUGUCCUCCAUUACAGGCCAUUAUCGGUUUAGUACACAGUAGAUGCAGGUUAAGUCUUGCUCUGUUUUUGCUGCUAUUACAUCUUCUUUUUAUAGCUGUUCAUUGCAUUACAUCGAGUAUGUCAUCAUUGACAUUUGUUCUAUUUCAACUGAGCCCAGAACAGAAAAGAAACAUUUACGUUUUUGAGUUAUGAAGCUGGACUCAAGCAACUAAAGAUGGCCACAGCAAACAGUUUAUUUCAUAAAAAGCAACAAAAGACUGCAUUAGUACGCCACCAUGUGUUACUGUUGCUUUUGGAAUGUAAACACAUGACUCAUCAUAGAGAUAAACAACCUUCUAACAGGAGUGGCACGAUGGGCUUAUAGUAGACUAAUGUUUAAGACUGAGUUUGGCUAGUGACUGUUUCUUUCUUAGCCCUUGUGUCAAAUGUGUGUGAGAUGUCCAAGUCAUUGUCCAUGAAUCACAGUCUGCAGCUAUACAGUACGAUGAAUGUCUGUUUAACUUGGAGGGGUAAAUUCACAAGGCGUUUGCUGGACAAGGAAUAAACAUAUCAAACUAAUCAUAUUGAAAUGAGGGGAAUAAGGAUUCAUUAAGGCACUUGAGUAAUUCACGCAAAGCUGGCAUUAUUAUUGUAAGAAACGUACGACUGAAACCCUUCAGUAACGUAGCCAAUGUGUUCUGUGUCUAGAUACCCAAAGUUUCCCCCUCCCUGCCGUCUGUUCAUAGAUAACAUGCGGUGAGUCCUACUCUGUCGUUGUGAAUCUACCCCCCGGUGUAACUUCCUGUCCUCCCUUUUCCCUCGCCCCGUCUCUCUCCCUGCAACAAAGGUUGUCUGCUAGUAGCCACCUUGUGUUGCCAAGGCCACAGAUAAAGUUUCCACCUUCAAACGUUUUUUAGGAACUUAAAAUGUCCUCCUAGCUCAGUGUUAUAGCAGGUGUUACACAAACAUGCUAGAAAAGACUUUUAUUAGACCAUAUUUGAAAGAUAAAGAGUAUCUUAUCGAGAGAUAAAAAUGAAACCUGGGGGAUAUAAGGCGAGCUUCUCUAACUUUGUUAUAAUUAAUUGUAUACCUGUGUAUGUAAAUAUAAUGCAUUCCUAUUUUGCAGUCAAGAACAAAAUACUAUUUGUAAUAUAGAAUAAACUUUAUUAUGAAACCAAG